AUGAACAACCUACAAAUAACCCCCUUCAUAAAAUCCCUCCCAAAAGUCGAACUUCACAUCCACAUAGAAGGAACCCUAACGCCAACCCUCCGCUGGACCCUAGCAGCCCGCAACAAAAUUCCCCUCCCCUACAAAACCCUCUCAGACCUCAAAGCCUCCUACGCCAUAACCCUCAACCACCGCCCCGAACUAAACGGCCGCCAACCAGGCAUCCCGACCUUCCUAGAAGCCUACUUUGCAGGAUGCGAAGUCCUCCGCACAGAGGCUGAUUUCUACGAUCUAGCCAUGGCCUAUCUACACCGCUGCGCAGAAAUGAACGUCCGCUAUACAGAGCCGUUCUUCGAUAUACAGGCGCAUACGCGGCGCGGGGUUCCCGCAUCUGCUGUUCUGGAUGGGUAUCUACGCGCUCAGCAUGAUGCCGUAGUGAAGUAUGGGGUGCGAUCACAGUGGAUUUUGUGUUUCCUGCGCGACGAACCCGUUGAGAAGGGUCUUGCUGCUUAUUGGGAGGCGAGGCCGUGGGCUGGGGGUUCUGUGCAUGGUGGUAAGGGAUUAUUUCAUGCUGUUGGGUUGGCGAGUAACGCGUACGAGCGGCCGCCUUUGCUUUUUGAGGAGGGGUUUGGGCUGGCGCGUGCGGAUGGGUUGCAUGUUACUAUGCAUUGUGAUUUCGGGCAGAAGGAUACACACGAACAUGUUAGGCAGGCUAUUUUUGAGGUUUGUGGUGGGAGGGGGGCGGAGCGAAUUGAUCAUGGGUUGGAUGCUUGGGAUGAGGAGGGGUUGUGGAGGGGGUUGGUUGAGAGGGGGAUUGGUUUGACCUUGUGUCCACAUGCUUAUCAUCGUAGGACGGCGACGGAGGUUUUGUUUCCUAAGAUUCGGGGGUUAGUGGAGGCUGGGGUUAAGAUUUGUAUUAAUAGUGACGACCCGACGUUGAUGCAUGAUGUUUGGAUUGAUGGUAAUUUGCAGAAGGUUUAUAGUUAUUGCGGAUUUGGGAAGAGGGAGAUGGUGCAGCUUGUUAGGAAUGCUGUUGAUAUGUGUUGGGCUGGGGGUGAUGUUAAGAAGGCGAUUCAUUUGGAGUUGGAUGGUGUUGAUGUUUCUGAGUGA